AUGCCAAAUUCGUGUCUGAAUAUCGAUUGUUCUUUCUUUCUUUCUUUCUUUCUUUCUUUCUUAAUCCAUUUUCUUCCCUUUCUUUUUUCUUUCAAAUUUUUUUAUUCUUUUCUUUUCUCUUUUUUCUUUCUUUCUUUCUUUCUUCUUUCUUUCUUUCUUUCUUUCUUUUUCUUUAUUUCCAAAGUUUUUUUCUUUCUUUUCUUUCAUUUACCAUUCUUUCUUUCUUUUCUUUCUUUCUUUUUCUUUCUUUUUUUUCUUUCUUUUUCUUUUUCCGUCUUUUUCCUUCAUUUACCAUUCUUUUUAAUUUCCCUUUCCUUUUCUUUCUUUUUUCUUUCUUUCUUUCUUUUUUCUUUCUUUCUUUCUUUCUUUCUUUCAAGUAUUUUUUUUCUUUUCUUUCUUUACCAUUCUUUUAAUUUUUUUUCGUUUUCUUUUCUUUCUUUUUUUCUUUCUUUCUUUUUUCUUUCCCUUCCAAGUAUUUUUCCUAUUUUUUCCGUAAUCUUUUCCUUCAUUUACCAUUCUUUUAAUUUCCCUUCCCUUUCUCUUUUCUUUCUUUCUUUCUUUCUUUCUUUCUUUCUUUCUUUCUUUCUUUCUUUCUUUCCAAGUAUUUUUUCCGUAAUCUUUUCCUUCAUUUACCAUUCUUUUAAUUUCCCUUCCCUUUCUCUUUUCUUUCUUUCUUUCUUUCUUUCCUUCUUUCUUUUUCAUUUUUUGUUUCCAAAUGUUUUUUUCGUAAUCUUUUUUAAUCCAUUGAUCUUUCUUUCUUUCUUUCUUAACUAUCUCCCCUUCCUUAUUACUAUUUUGUUUUCUUUUUCCUUCUCGUUUUUGUUCUUGUGUCCCUUCCAUAUUUUUCAUUCCUUAUCUAAAUCUGUCAACGAUAUAAUCACAUUUUCCAUUUCUAUUCCUCUCCCUCUCUCUCACAUUUUAUCAAAUAUUCAUUUCUUGCCUCUCAUUUAUUUGCACCCCCCUCUCUCUCUCCCGCUUCGUUCUUUCAUGUCGACAUUUUUAUUUUCAGCAAAUCAUUAG